AUGCAGCGACAGCGUAAGGCCACAUUAAUGUUGGCCCUCUUUGCAGUCAUGUGUGCCUUGUUCAUGGGCAUUCAGACAGCAUCGGCCGCAGAUGACAAAGAAGCAUAUGGAACUGUUAUUGGUAUCGAUUUGGGCACAACUUAUUCUUGUGUUGGUGUACAAAAGAAUGGACGCGUUGAAAUUAUCGCCAACGACCAAGGUCACCGUAUCACUCCCUCGUAUGUCGCCUUUACAGAUGAUGAGCGUUUGAUUGGUGAUGCCGCCAAGAACCAAUACGCCGCCAACCCAACUCGUACCGUCUUCGAUGCCAAGCGUUUGAUUGGUCGUCGUUACAAUGACAAGGAUGUCCAAGGUGACAUGAAGCAUUUCCCCUUCCGUUUGGUGAACAAGGGAGGCGCUCCCAACAUCAAGGUCGAGGUCAAGAAUGAGGACAAGACGUUCACCCCUGAGGAGAUCUCUGGUAUGGUGUUGCAAAAGAUGAAGGAGACUGCUGAGGCAUACUUGGGCAAGACCGUGACCCAUGCCGUUGUCACCGUUCCUGCAUACUUCAACGAUGCUCAACGUCAAGCUACCAAGGAUGCUGGUACUAUUGCUGGUCUCAACAUCUUGCGUAUCAUCAACGAACCCACUGCUGCUGCUAUCGCCUAUGGCCUUGACAAGACUGGUGGUGAAAAGACCGUCCUCGUUUAUGAUUUGGGUGGUGGUACCUUUGAUGUCUCUUUGCUCUCCAUUGAUGAUGGCAUCUUUGAAGUGUUGUCUACUGCUGGUGAUACCCAUCUUGGUGGUGAGGACUUUGAUAGCCGUGUCAUGGAUCACUUUGUCAAGGUGUGGAAGAAGAAGCAUGGUGAGGACAUUACCAAGGAUUUGAAGACUAUGGGCAAGCUCAAGCGUGAAGUUGAAAAGGCCAAGCGUGCCUUGUCCUCCCAAAUGUCCGUUCGCAUCGAAGUCGAAUCUUUCCACAAGGGCAAGGAUUUCAGUGAGACCCUCACUCGUGCCAAGUUUGAAGAGCUCAACAAUGAUCUUUUCCGCAAGACUCUCAAGCCUGUUGAACGUGUCCUCAAGGAUGCUGGUGUCACCAAGGAUCAAGUUGAUGACAUUGUCCUCGUUGGUGGUUCCACUCGUAUUCCAAAGGUCCAGAAGCUUCUCGAAGAUUACUUUAAUGGAAAGAAGCCUUCCAAGGGUAUCAACCCUGAUGAAGCUGUUGCUUAUGGUGCCGCUGUCCAAGGUGGUAUUCUUUCGGGUGAGGAAGGUUCUGAUAAGGUGCUUCUUUUGGAUGUCAACCCAUUGACUUUGGGUAUCGAGACCAGCGGAGGUGUUUUCUCCAAGUUGAUCCCCCGUAACACUGUCAUCCCCACCAAGAAGAGCCAAAUUUUCUCCACUGCUGCCGAUAACCAACCCACUGUGCUUAUCCAAGUCUAUGAAGGUGAACGUGCCAUGACCAAGGACAACAACCUUUUGGGUAAAUUCGAAUUGACCGGCAUUGCACCUGCUCCUCGUGGUGUUCCCCAAAUCGAAGUCACUUUUGAAGUCGAUGCAAAUGGUAUCUUGAAGGUCGGCGCUGCUGAUAAGGCAUCUGGCAAGAUUGAAUCCAUCACCAUCAACAAUGACAAGGGUCGUCUUUCUCAAGAUGAAAUUGAUCGCAUGGUUCAGGAGGCUGAGGAAUUCGCUGAGGAGGAUCGUCAAGUCCGUGAACGCACCGAGUCUAAGAAUCAACUCGAGAACUACAUUUAUACUUUGAAGGGCCAAUUGAGUGAUGACUCUGGUGCAUUCAGCAAGAUCGCUGAUGAUGACCGUGACGCCAUUGAGGAUGCCAUCCGUGAGAAGCUCGACUGGCUUGAUGAUAACCAAUCGGCUGCCAAGGAGGACUUUGAUGAGCAACGUGAAGAACUCGAGUCUGUUGUCAACCCCAUCACUUCCAAAUUGUACGGUGCUGGUGCUGAUAGCGGUAGCUCUGACAACUAUUAUGAUGAUGAUGAUACAGCUCACGAGCAUGAUGAAUUGUAA